UAUCAGACAUACAAACCCAAUGAAGCAAUGAUAGGCGCACAGGAUAAUCAGACUCAAAGCGAGAAAAUGGUAAGAUUAAUAAAGGACUUCAUCUCGAAACACAUCCCAGACGAUGAAUACCAGGACCUACGCGCAAUUCUCCUCAGUGGAGAAGCCCCACAGCCUGCCGUGGAUAAAUUUCGCGAUAUCUUGGCUCUAGCAAUUCCCGAAGACUGGAAAGUGCACAUGCGCGACCAGAUCGAUCCUAUUUUUGUCGGCGCUGCAGGAGCAGCCUAUCGAGCCAAGAUACAAUUGGAAGAUCCAAGCUUCCACAAUGACAUUCAUGUUUGCGGUCAGCUUGAAGAACACGAUGAGCUCUAAUGGACAGCAAGUGGGGAGGUGCAUUGGCAACGGGGCGUUGAUUGAUUCCGAAUUCAACAGGAAACGAAUCUUCGUGAUAGCCGCCAGACUACAAAGCAUGAGCUGGUCGUUUAAUGAAGUCGUAAUGUGACACAAGAAUCCAUCCUCGCCAAGAGAUCUGAUAAUCAAGGUCAGCUCAACCACUGUUAAGAGAACAAAUGUGAACGCUGUAUUCUUAUUUCGUGCGCCAAUGUCUCCCGGAAGCACAUCAUGCAUUUUAUAUUCACAUCAUACGCUGCCGUUUCCGGUAUCCUUUCAGCAACUUGGAACAGAGUCCAAAGAUGGUUGAAAAAAAGCGUGUUAUAGCAUCGAUGAUAGGAUUCUACAGACACAAACAAUGCAAGAGAGUGGACACCGUG